GGUCACUUACGAGCCAUAGCAUGAGUAUGGUAGAUAUUGAAAUACAUAAUUUAUCACCAAGCGACGUAGCAAAGUAUAGUAAAAUUUUUUUUUUACCAAGAAAAAAAGUUGAUAUUCUUUUUUCCUACCGACAAAACCACUGAACACAAAUUUUUAUGAAAAUAAAAAAAUUGGUUUUUUAUUUCUCAUUUUUUCACCUUCCAAAUGCCUCUAGUUUUCCCCUCAACCCUUCCACACGAAACUUUAAAAGAUUUACAAACUAUAAAAUAUAAUUAAAGGCACAAAGCGCACUUCCUUAAAUAAAUUGGAAGAGGAGAAAUAAAAUAAAACGUUUGAAGUGUUUUGGUUUAUUUCAUCAUUAUUUUUCCCCCUUAUAAAUAACAUAACAUCUAAACCUUUUUGACAUAGUCUGAAAGAAGAGACAUUCAGCUUUAUAACAGUUGCCAAAAUGUUGAAUUUAAAUCAAAUCCAGAAUAGUUAUGAACGUUUAAGUGGAACAUUGAACAUCGGAGACAAAAAAAUCGCUUAACCACCCCAAAAAGUGUUUUGUUUUUUUAUUUGCGAUGAUAAUUCGAAUUUACGGGUUUUAAAGGGUGUCUAAAACGAAUCCGAAUUAGUUUUUUCAAGAAUAAUAUAUUUUUUGGGCCUGCUUUAUUCGAAGUAACAACUUCAGUUAGAAUACAAAACAACCUUUGGCCAGUACCGCAAAGCGAGAAUGGGCGGACCAACACGACAGGCGAUCAAUCCGUGGACAAACGUACAACUACUUCCAUUACCACCACCCGACAUUUGGGAAGACUAAGACAAAAUGUUGCCAGUGUCUCCAUCAGUCGACCCUGGGUCCGCUUGUGCUCGCUGUCACGACUCGGUCAUUCGAUGUUCUUCGACUCUUUAAUUAACCUUGAAAUUUUCUCGUGGUCUGAAGAACGAUGAUCUGAUCGUUUGGACGUUUUACGAUCAUCCUGGUCCGCCUAUCGCUCUGCCCGCCGGAAUUUCAACAUCUUCAGUGGUACUGAAAUCGAACGAUGUUUCUGUGCAACUAUUUUACUCUUGUGGUCGCCAUCACUUUUCUACAAGCAUACAGAAUUAACAGCAAACCAUUUUGCCCUCCUUGUCAUGAAGACAAUAGUUGCAAACCAGAAAUAGAAAAAUGCCAAUAUGAAAUUGUGACAGAUUAUUGUGGUAGAAAAGUUUGCUCAAAAGGCCCGGGUCAGCGUUGUGGCGGACUAUCCAAUUUUUUGGGCACUUGUGCCAAAGGUCUUCAGUGCAAAUGUAACAAAUGUUCUGGCUGUGCCCUACAAAGUCUUAAAUGUUUUUAUAACGAAAUCAUGUGUUUUGAUUGAUUAAUCCUAUGCAUAGAUUAUAACAAUCAGAUUUAUUUUUAUCAGUAUUAACUAUAAUUGAUAUUUAUAUAAAUUAAUUCAUUUUUAAUAUAUUUGAUUUAAAUAUUGGCUAAAUUGAUUGAAUAUAUUGUAUUAACGCUCACAUUAUUAUUCCUUGAAGUGACAGCAUAAUAUAUAUGUAAUAAAACAUAUUUGACUAGAUCCAAUAAGUGGGUUAAAAAUAAAAAUUAAUUAUAAAACGUGAUAAUAAUUGAUCUCACUAACUGGGACAUUCAGAGACAAUAAAUCUGAUCCUUACUUAUUUAAAUAUAAAUAUAUGGGUGAUAUUGUACAAAAUAUAUGUUAACACUAUGUUCCAAUUAAUUAUUAAC